AUGAAUAAUUAUUCGUUUUCUAUUAAUUGUUUAAAUGAUAUUUUUACUGAAAAUGAUAAUAAUGAAAAAAAGGAAAAUAGUUCAUUUUAUGAUUUAAAUUUACCUGAAGAAGUAAUAUAUUGUUUAAAACAUAUGAAUAUUUUAUACCCAUCACCAAUUCAAAGAUUAUCAAUAAAAAAAGCUAUUAAUAAAAAAAAUUUAAUUAUACAAUCAAAAAAUGGAACAGGAAAAAGUUUAUCAAUAUGUAUAAUUUUAGUUAGUCAAAUAUUUAUCAAAAUGCAGAAAUUCUUCAAAAGUAAUAAAAAUGAAGAAAAAUGUAAAAUUUUUAACAUUAAUAAUAUAAAAGAAAAAAAUAAUGUAGAAGAUGAUAAAGAAAGUAAUAUUUUAAAUAAUUUAUUCCUUGUUUCAUUAUUUUUUUUUGGUAUAAUAAUUGUACCAACUCGUGAAUUAUGCAUACAACUAUAUGAUAAUAUUAAAAAAAUUUCUGACAAUAUAAAAUGUAUAAAUGAUUGUGAUUACUUAUAUGAUAAUAAUCCAGUUAACAACUUAAUAAAUAAUAGUUCAUAUAAAAAUGGAAACUAUAAAUACUUUGAAAAAAAUUGUUUCAAAAAUAGUUAUAAAAUAAAAUCAAUAAUAUUAUAUGGUGGAACAAAUGUAUUUGAAAACAUAAUAAAUAUUUUUUCUUCAUUACCUAAUAUUAUUAUAUCUACACCUGGACGUUUAAAACAUAUUUUGAGCAUUUUUAAGAAAUUAAAAAUUAAAUUAAAAAAUGAAAAUUACAAUAAAAUUUAUGAAUUGUCUUAUUUAAAACUAGUUAACAUUCUACUGAGAAAAUUUGUUAUUGAUGAAAUAGAUGCACUUUUAGAUGAACAAUUUAAUGAACAAAUGAAAAUUAUUUUUAAUCAUUUAAUAACAUCAAAAAUUCAGAUUCUUUGUUAUAGUUCUACCUUUCUUGAUUCUGUUAUAACAUCCUUUAUAAAAAAUGUAAAAUGUUAUGAUCACAAUUAUUUAUCAAAGUUAAGAAGUAUUAAUUUAACAGAACUAAGUUAUUUUUUAAAAAAAGAAAACUCGAUUAAUGAAUAUAGACUUAAAAAUGAUCUUUAUCAAGAUGACAAUAAUAAACUGUUAGAAAAUAAUAUAGAAAAUAUAGAAAAUAAUAUAGAAAAUAAUUUAGAAAAUAAUAUAGAAAAUAAAAUUGAUAAUAUAAUUAGUUAUGAAAAUAAUAUAGAAAAUAAUUUAGAAAAUAAUAUAGAAAAUAAUAUAGAAAAUAAUAUAGAAAAUAAUAUAGAAAAUAAUAAUAAUAUAGAAAAUAAUAUAGAAAAUAAAAUUGAUAAUAUAAUUAGUUAUGAAAAUAAUAUAGAAAAUAAAAUUGAUAAUAUAAUUAGUUAUGAAAAUAAUAUAGAAAAUAAUUUAGAAAAUAAUAUAGAAAAUAAUAUAGAAAAUAAUAUAGAAAAUAAUAUAGAAAAUAAAAUUGAUAAUAUAAUUAGUUAUGAAAAUAAUAUAGAAAAUAAAAUUGAUAAUAUAAUUAGUUAUGAAAAUAAUAUAGAAAAUAAUUUAGAAAAUAAUAUAGAAAAUAAUAUAGAAAAUAAAAUUGAUAAUAUAAUUAGUUAUGAAAAUAAUAUAGAAAAUAAAAUUGAUAAUAUAAUUAGUUAUGAAAAUAAAGCAAUGAUUAAUAGUAAUAUUUGUGGUGAAUAUAAUAAAGAAAAUACAUAUGCAAACAAAAAUAAUGUCAUUCAUAUAAAACAUGAUAAAAAUAACAAAAAUGGGGAUAUUAAACAACAAAAUUUGGGAUUAAGUAACAAAAAAAUUAGAAAAAAAAAAAGAAAGAAAAAAAAGUAUAAAAAUAAAAAUAAAAAAAUUUCAAAUAAUUUAAGAGAAGUAGAAGAAAUGAUACAAGACAAAAGUCUAUUUUGUAAAAAGGAUAUACUUCAAUAUAUUAUAAGAAAAAUGAUAAAAGAAAAAGAAAAAAUUCCAAGUUACAUUAGUAAACAGAGAGAUUUUGAAUUUAUUCAGACGUGCACAUCUUUAAUUAUCCACGAGAAAGAAAAUAAAAAAAAUAAAAUAAAUGAUCAUAUUAAUGAAAUAAAAAACAAUAUUCAAGAAAAAAAUUCGUUUGAAGAUAAAGAUAAUAUAUUUGAUGAAAUCAACUUAGAAAAAGAAAAAAUAAAAUUAGAAAAAGAAAAAAUGAAAUUAGAAAAGGAAAAAAUGAAAUUAGAAAAAGAAAUCCCUUAUUUAGAUGAAAAAUUAGAUUCACCUGUUUUGCUAAAUAUUAAGCAUUGUUUUAUAACAAUAAAUAACGAAAACUUAAACAAAAAAGAAGAGUUAAAAUAUAAAAUGAAAGUAUUACUAAAGAUAAUUAAAGAAAUAAAAUUUAAUCAAUGUUUUUUAUUUAUAAAUAACACAUAUGAGGGUAUACAAAUUACGAAGAUGUUAAAUAAGUUUAAUGUAUCUUCAUAUUAUACAAGCUCAAAAGUUGAACAUAAUGAAAGAAUAGAACAUUUUAAAAAUUUUCAAAAUAAUAAAAUAAAGAUUGUAGUAUGUACUGAUGUUAUGAGUAGAGGUAUAGACAACAUAAUUUGUGAUUUAGUUAUAAAUUUUGAUAUACCACAAAGUAAAGAAACUUAUAUUCACAGAUCAGGUAGAUGUGGUAGAUAUGGUAAGAAGGGAUUAUGCAUAAGUUUAUGUAAUUAUUCUGAUUAUAAUUAUUUAUAUUAUUUUAAAUAUCAAUUGAAAUUAGAAGUUUAUGAUUUUUAUUAUAUAUGUAAUUCUUUGAGAAAAAAAGAAAACGAAAAUCAAAAUUUUAACAUAAACAAUAAUCAUACAUAUUCCAAUAAAUCUAUAAAAUAUAUCAAUGAGGAAGAUAAUGUAGACAAUAAAAACAAUAAUAGCUAUAAUAAAAAUAAUAGUGACUUAAAUGAAUACAAUGAAAAUGAUAAUUUUAAAAAGAAUAAUCAAGAUAUAAAUUCAAAUGAGUAUUACAAAAAUAAAAAUUUUUUAUAUAACACGAAUAUAUACAAUUUAAAUAGUUUUGAACAAUAUGAAGGAGAAGAAGAUAUAAAAAAAAUAUGUGAAUAUAAAAAAAAUAAUAAAAAAAGUAAAAUAUUAAAAUUAAAUAUUAAAGGUUUUUAUGGUAACCAUAUAAAACUUAGCGAAAAUGAUAAUAAUAAUAAUAAAAGUAAUAUAUAUUUAAAAAUAUAUUUCAAAAAGUUAGUAACAAAAAUAAAAAUUGUAAAAAAUGAAAAAAAUUAUUUUUUUUCAAUACCGAAUGACAACAUAAAUUUUUUUGAAAAUAUUAACAUAAUUGAAUAUAAAUCUAAUUUAAUUAUUUGUUUUACUUUUUUUAAAAAAAUAAAAAUAUAUUGGAAUUCUUAUCUUUUGAACAAUUUAAAAAGAGAAAAAAAAAGAUAUUAUAAAUCUAACUACUGUAUGUUUUUUUUUUGUAAUUCAAAUAAUUAUAUAGUUUUAAAGCUUUUUUACUCCUUUAUUUUUUUUUUUAAAUAUUUUAAAUACCCUUUUAAACAAGAAUUUAAUCAUCUUUUAAUAUUUAAGCAAAAUUAUAUUAAUAAGAGAAUAUGCAAGGAAAAAUAUCAUAAUAAUUAUUUUUCAAUUAACAAAAAAAAUAACUGGAAACAGUGUAUGUCAGAUAGCUUCUUAUGUAAAAAAACAAAAAAAAAAAACUUACAAGAAAAAAGAAAUGGGUAUGAAACAGAUGAUAAAAUUUGUUUUAAUGAAGAAAAAGAAGAUAAAAGAAAACACAUUUUUCCUUUCUUUUUUGUAAAUAAAAAUAGUUUAUACAAAACAUUUGAUUAUCAUUAUAGUAGUUCCUCGAGUAACGAUAUAGAUUAUAAUAUUUUAGAAAAAAAGGAAGACAUGAAAUUUAAUACUUUAACAUUAGAAUCAAUUUUUGAUUCCUUGAGAUUGAACUUAAGAGAAAAAAAUUUUUUAAUUAAUUUUUGUGAGCAAUGUGAAAAAGUACAAUGUGAAAACAAUGAAUUAGAAAUAGUUAAAAAAAUUAAUAAUCUAUUAUCAUCUCAAAUAUAUCUGAACUUAAAUACUAAUGAAAAUGUAAAUUUACUAAAAAGUAUUUUUUUACAAAAUCAUUUGAAGUUACUUGAAAAUUUUUAA